AUGCUAGUGAAGUUUCUGCUAAUCUGUAAUAUGAUAGGAGUGGCAAAAUUAGGCAAACACUCAAACCAUCAUGGAUAUCAUGAUGGUUCUUUGCACAACUCAAAGCCACAAAUGUAUGAGACUUCUACCCACCCUCAGUGGACUCCACAGCAGGCAGGAGAAGGCUAUUGGGAGGCAGAAGUGCUCAAGGGGGAUACUCAAGACUAUCCUUCCAGUUCAACCUCCUCACAUCAAGAAGAGAGAGAAGAUUUUGAAACUGAAAGCCCACAGUCUCGAAAUAAGAACUGGUGUUCCUUCGUGCAGUCCCGGCUGGUAACGUACAUAGAAGCCUGCAUGAAGGAGAAAUACAUCGUCAACUCUCAGCAGCCCUGUCCCAAUGGAGCCCCAAACUGCCAGAGGAUCAUGUACAGGACAGCCUUGAAGCCAGUCUAUCAAGUGAAACAGAAGGUUUUGAAGUCUUUACAGUGGAAAUGCUGCCCUGGAUUUAUUGGCAAGGACUGCCAACAGCGUGAUCCCAAUUAUAUUCUGGUGCCAGCAAGUGAGACUGAAGGACUGGAAGAGGAGCAGUUCUCAAACCACAGGGCAGCAACAGUGGAUUCAAGAGAAAUGCUGGAGGUCACUCAAGAUCAUGAGGCAUUACUGGACGAUCUUCAAAAUGAUAUUCACCAAGCAGUCAACAACUUAGGGGACUUGAAAAGAAUAUUUGAAAACAACGGUACAAGCAUGGUGUUACAAGCGAACCAGAGCAAGUCAGAGUUACAGGAAAGGCUUCUGCAGCAAAUUCUGUUUCCUCACAUGGAGGAUUUUCUACGGCAACAUUUUAACCCAAUGUGGGCAAGCUUCAACAGAAGCCUACAGAACCUCUCCAGCAUGGUGAAGAACCUGUCCCACGCCGUGGAAGCCAACAAGAAAAGCAUUGAGAGGUUCCAUGAGAGCACUGUGCCCAAAAAGGACUUUCAGGAGCUGGGAACUAAGUUCGAAUCUAAAGUUCAAGAAAAUGUGAUGAAAGUUGAUCAGGUGAAAAGGGAUAUAGGUCAUCAACUGCAAGUGCAGCAGGCUAAUAUUCACCAUAAUCUUACCAUGAUCAAGGCAGAUACUGACACAAAGCUCAAGAGAUGUCACAAGAUCCAACAGUCCCAUUUCUUAGCUUUGAACAACAGCAUCGCAAACAUGAAACAAGAGCAAAACAAUUUUGAAAAACAAUUUGAGGUUUUGAAAAGAAAUAUAACGGAACUCUUCUCACAUCAUGGUCCCAAAGAUGAAACCACCCAGUUAAGCAUCAGACAAAUAAAUGACAUUCUGGCAGGGCACGCAAAGCAGCUUAAAGAACUUUACAUAGAAUCAGAGGUUGCCUUUCAGAAUAUCGUGGUUUUAGAGAGAUGGUUUAAGGAACUGAAAAAAAAUCUCUCAAUGUAUAGGCCAGAAGAUCUUACAACUGCUUUAACGGAGAAAUCACUUAUUAUUGAAGAAAACAAAGCAGCAAUGGAAAAGCAGAUAUCAGAGCUCAACUACACUCUCUCAAAUCUUCGAGAAAACUAUUCAGAUCUGUUGAGGUACAUGGAGGAAUGCAAUUGCCAGAAAAUACCUUCUGAAAGUGAUUUACUGGAGGAGGAUUUAAGGAAUAUCACUUAUUCCCUUGAAGACACCCAAUCAAACUUAACAGAUAUGAAACACUUAGAAUUAGUUUUCAAAAAUCUCUUGAGGAAUGAAAUUGAAGAGCUCUCCUCAGCUUUUCCAUCUAUCCAUCAGUCCCUUAGUCUCCAUCAAGAAGAAAAUAGACAGCUUCAGUCACAGGUCCAGGCUUUUUCAGAAGAUAUUGGCUUCCUGAAGAAGAAAGAUGAAGAAAUCCACAGGCACAUCAGGUAUCUUAAUAGUUCUUUCAGCUCUCUUUUGGAAGAUGCAAUGCGGCACGAAACAGCGCUGGAGGCUUUAUUGGGAGAAGAAGUUAUGGAAGUCUUGUUUGAAGAAGACCCUAGUACCCUAAUAUUGUCAGUAGUUCAGCUGCAAGAAUCUCUCAGACACACUGCAGAGAAACUCCAAGAACAGAAUGCGACUUUAGAAUCCCUUGCCAAGAGAUUGCACCUCCUCGAGAGAGGUCAACAGAAUAAACGUGAUGCUCGUACAUCUCCCACGCAUCCCGAAGAGGAAACACAAACACCGGCUGCCGUGGAUGAAGCCGAUAGUCAUCGUGGCAAUGUGGAAUAUAUGGAACCUAACUAUGAGGCUGCCAAAGACGACUCCUUGGAUAGCUCAGGAUAUAAUGAUAUCAUGACUCUGAAGAAGGAUAUCAAACAUCUGAGUCUGGCAAUCAAGAGGCAUGAAUCAAGAGCUGACAUGAAUCUUUGCUGUAAUCACACAAUAGUAAACAUAGUGGAGCCUCUCAACAUUUCUGUGGAAAUUCUCUCAGCAAAUUUAGCAACCAUCAAACAGAAGCUAGAGGAGCAUCUGGUGAUUUUCAGAAAGAUGUUUGGAAGCAAUGAAGAAUUAGUUGCCUCAAAUAUAAGUCUGGAUAUUGCAAAGAUGCAGUCAAUGCUGACCAGAAAAGGGAGAAGGAAGCAGAAAGGUCAGGAGCAAAGAGACAAAAAGAAGUCUGACAAACACAGAGAAAAUAUGCAGACAAUAAGUGGAAGAAAUACAGUACAAACAGAACUCUUGGAAAAAGACUCAUCGGUCGCAUUCCAAGUGGGAUUCUCAGAAGAAAAAGAUAAUGGAAAAACUCUGAGGUUUAAUGAAACAUACCUCAACUACGGAAACAGCUACUUCCCUGAGCAUGGCUACUUUAAAGCACCACACAAAGGCGUCUACCUGUUCGUCAUCUCCGUGGAGUUUAGUUCAGGACCAGCACUAGGCCAACUCUCUUUUAGCCGCGGGUACAAAAGAACUCUCUCAAGUAGUCAGAGGAAAACACCAAAUGGAAAUACUAUGACUACUUUUGCUAUGGCAGAGAUGGAGAAGGGGGAGAGAGUAUGGUUUGAAUUGUUGCAGGGCUCUGUAAUGAAACGGAGCCCACCUGGGACAACAAUGGGUGGAUUCCUAAUAUUUAAAACUUGAAUAUUGACAGUUUAUUUUAAUGAUAUACGUCCAUAGAUGCAAUGGAUCGGUUGACUACUGCUUCAUCUGUGAUGCAUUCCACUUUACUGCAUGUGUUUAAACAUAGCACUAUGCUAGAUUUAUCUUCAUGCUUCUUUUCUGAAGUGUUUGGCUUUUGAUUAUUUGCUUAUGAGCAGCAGUGGGAUUUUCUUUUGGCAACAAGCUAAUGACUUGGACUC